CGUAACGGGCACUUCCUGUUUAUUUCGGUCGAAAUAUUGAAAUAAAUACACACGCUAAAAUUGAAAAUGCAGCGUGGUGGGGGUGAAGGUGCUUCGGGAUACUCAGGAGGCGCCCACCCCACGAGUGGAGGACACUCAUCAUAUCGCUACGAAGAUCUAGAAUUUCCCUUCUGUGAAGAUUCUGGCAAAUAUGAAAAACUCGCAAAGAUCGGCCAGGGAACUUUCGGGGAAGUAUUUAAGGCCAGAGACAGGAAAACAAAACGACUGGUUGCAAUGAAGAAAGUAUUGAUGGAAAAUGAAAAAGAAGGGUUCCCCAUCACUGCUUUGAGAGAGAUAAAAAUCCUCCAGUUGUUGAGACAUGAAAAUGUUGUGGAUCUUAUAGAGAUUUGCCGCACUAAAGCCUCUCAAUAUAACCGCUUUAAAAGCACGUUUUUCCUGAUCUUCGAGUUUUGUGAGCACGACUUGGCUGGACUGUUGAGCAAUGCCAAUGUGAAGUUUAAUCUUGGUGAGAUCAAGAAGGUUAUGCAACAGCUAUUGAACGGCCUGUACUUUAUACACAGCAAUAAGAUCCUGCAUCGAGACAUGAAGGCUGCCAACAUCCUCAUCACCAAACACGGUGUCCUCAAGCUAGCAGACUUCGGGCUGGCACGAGCCUUCAGUGUUCAGAAGGCGGGACAGCCUAAUAAAUACACUAAUCGAGUGGUGACGUUGUGGUACCGGCCGCCAGAGCUACUCCUAGGGGAGAGGAACUAUGGGCCACCCAUUGACAUGUGGGGUGGUGGGUGCAUAAUGGCAGAAAUGUGGACGCGGGCACCCAUUAUGCAGGGCAAGACCGAACAGAAUCAACUCCAGCUCAUCAGCCAGUUGUGUGGGUCAAUCACCAAGGAAGUAUGGCCCACCGUUGACAAAUUUGACCUCUUUGCACAACUUGAGCUUCCCCAAGGUCAAAAACGCAAGGUGAAGGAGAGGCUAAAGGCUUAUGUGAAAGAUCAGUAUGCACUUGACCUCUUAGAUAAACUUUUGACCCUUGACCCUUCAAAGCGAUUGGAUAGUGACAGUGCAUUGAACCAUGAUUUCUUUUGGACAGAUCCGAUGCCAAGCGACUUGUCUGAAAUGUUGUCCCAGCACAAGACGUCCAUGUUUGAGUUCCUGGCGCCACCUAGACGACCGGGUCAGCGGCCAAUGCCACAUGCACAGAAUCAAAACAUACAGCGACCAACACACAACCCUGACCUCCAUGUGGAGCGAGUGUACUAGUAUUAUAAAUAUGAUAGCUCUCUAUAAUUGUGUGUAUAUAAUACAGCAGACCCAUGUUGGCUUAUCAUUCAAAGCUUGCCUACGAAAUUGAACUGAAAAGUUGUAAAGGUUUCAUCUGAGAUAUUUUCAAACAGUUGAAUUCAAUCUUAACUGGAUUUUAGACUUAAAAAGUGUAUUUAUUGUAUUUAAAUGAUCGUUUAAACAUAAAGGAAAUAUUCUAAAAUCAUGAACGUCAACACACUCAGUUUUUCCAAGAAUGGGUUUUGUCAUAUUUGCUUAUUUCAGGAGUACAUUUUCAAUUCUUACUCCUAUUGUCUUAACAUAUUUUAACACGUCUGAUUUUUCAGUAAAAUAGAAGCAAAAUAUGUUGAGGUCUAGAUAUGUGUCACAGUGGAAUAUGAUAGACCAACAUAAUGACACAACAAAGAAAAUAUUCGAAACAAACACCGAUAUCUAAUACAAAAUACAUAUAUUAUACUCGAUGGAAUGCAAUAAUGCAACAUUGUCAAUAUAAAAUCUUGUCCUGACAAUAGCGUCUAAAGAGCAGUCUUUUAGACGAUUGUUUUAAGGCAGUUGUUUAUAUAUAAUUUGUGAGUUAUAAAAUAUUGUCCUACAUGUGUGAAAUGAUGUAAACAACAUCUUAAGUUUUAACAGAAAUUCUUGCCUUUUUUAAAUAUACAUAAAUUCACCUCAUUUUUCUUUUAAGAAUUUCUUAAGUUUUAUGUUGAUUUUAAAUGCAUAUAUAUGAAAACUAUUUUUAUCAGCAAAAUUUAAUCAAUGUGCGAUAUUUUAAACUUAUUUCAUACAUUCUUGUCAUCAACUCCAGAUGCAGGUUCAUCCUUUUAAGUUAAAGAUUUAAACAUGCAAACUUUUGUCUAUGUCAAACUAUCUAGGGCUAGUCGGGCCACUGGGUACAAUAUAAAUUGUACAUUAUUGUGUAUUGAUAUGUAAAAAGUGACUGGAUACCCAAAUAUGGGUACA